GCGACGGCGGCAGGAGCGCGUCCCGGUGCCGCCUUGGGCUUGCUCGGCUCCCGGGCUGCUCCGGGAGGAGGAGAGCCAGGCGAGGCGAGGCGCAGGGCCCGCGGGCCGGGCGCAUGGCUUAGGACGUCCCCGCCCGCCGCGCCCCCAGCAUGGGGAAACUUCACUCCAAGCCGGCCGCCGUGUGCAAGCGCAGGGAGAGCCCGGAAGGUGACAGCUUCGCGGUGAGCGCUGCCUGGGCUCGGAAAGGCAUCGAAGAGUGGAUCGGGAGGCAGCGCUGCCCCGCCAGCCUCUCAGGACCCCGGCAGCUGCGGUUGGCAGGCACCAUUGGUCGAGGCACCCGGGAGCUCGUGGGCGAGGUUUUCAGAGAAGGGCCAAGUGAGGAGGAGGAAGAGGACUUCCGGCUAGAAGUGGCCCUGCCGCCCGAGAAGACCGACAGCCUGGGCAGUGGAGAUGAGAAGAGGAUGGAGAAAUCCAAUGACUCUUGCGCAGCCUCCAAGAAGCAGCUGAAAUUUGAAGAGCUACAGUGCGAUGUGUCCGUGGAGGAGGACAGCCGGCAGGAAUGGACCUUCACCCUGUAUGACUUUGACAACAAUGGCAAGGUCACCCGCGAGGACAUCACCAGCUUGCUGCACACUAUCUAUGAGGUAGUCGACUCCUCCGUGAACCACUCCCCGACGUCGAGCAAGACACUGCGAGUGAAGCUCACUGUGGCCCCAGAUGGGAGCCAGAGCAAGAGGAGCGCCCUUCUCAACCAGGCUGACUUGCAGAGUGUGAGGCCCAGAGCGGAGACAAAGCCUGCCGAGGAGCUGCGAAGCUGGGAGAAGAAGCAGCGAGCCCCACUCAGGUUGCAAGGCGACAGCCACCUGGAGCAGUCUGGCUGCUACCACCACUGCGUGGAUGAGAACAUCGAGAGGAGAAACCACUACUUAGACCUCGCAGGGAUAGAAAACUACACAUCCCAGUUUGGGCCUGGCUCCCCUUCAGUGGCCCAGAAGUCAGAACUUCCCCCCCGCACCUCCAACCCUACUCGAUCUCGCUCCCACGAGCCGGAAGCCAUCCACAUCCCACACCGGAAGCCCCAAGGUGCGGACCCAGGCUCCUUCCACUUCCUUGACACCCCAUUCGCCAAGGUCUCAGAGCUCCAGCAGCGGCUCCGGGGUACCCAGGAUGGGAGCAAGCACUUUGUGAGGUCCCCCAAGGCCCAGGGAAAGAGCAUGGGUGUGGGCCACAUGGCCAGAGGGGCCAGAAGCAAACCUCCUCUGGCACCUGCUGUCCCUGCUGUGCCCCCCUCUGCCCACCUGGCCGGCAGCCCGGCCCUUCUCCCCAGCCUGGCACCUCUCGGGCACAAGAAGCACAAGCACCGAGCCAAGGAGAGCCAGCCAGGCUGCCGGGGCCUGCAGGCACCACUGGCCACUGGGAGCACCGUCUUGGGACGGGAGCAGGUGAGGGAGCUGCCCGCCAUGGUGGUGUAUGAGAGCCAGGCCGGGCAGGCGGUCCAGAGACACGAGCACCACCACCAUCACGAACAUCACCACCAUUACCACCACUUCUACCAGACCUAGAGCCUCCCCAGGGCCUUCCACCAUAUGAAGGACCCUUCCCUGAUGCCCCAAGGCAUUAUUAUUCUAUUAAUUAUUGUUAUUAUGACGAUUAUUGUUAUUAAUAAUUAUUGUUACUCCACUAAUAUUUAGCUAGCCUUCAUGUAGGAUAUAUAUGGAAACACAGAACUAAACUUUAAUUUAUAUGUUGUGGGGACUGUGUAACUUACCUGAGAACUGACUCUGGGUUGGGACUGCAGCCACAGGCACCCUCGGCCCCAACUCUGCCCUCCAGUCUCUUCCAGGAAAACCUCCUUCCCCUGCCCAGCUUCGAGAUCCUCGAAAUCUCCAAUAAGACAAACAGCUGCUACCUCUUAGUUACUCUGAUUCGGUUUUGCCCUUAACUGAUUGCAUUGUGCUACCAGGGAUUUCGGCGGACUGCAAUGUGAAACCUCCUUGCUAUUGUUCUUGUGUCCCAAACUCGGACCCUUAGCUGUCCUUUCUGGGGUAACCUUUCACGCCUUUCCAGCGGGACCAUGCUCUUGCCUCGAACCAGCCCCAUCUUUUUUGCUGUACACAACAUAAAAAUACACUUUUCCUCUUCCUUCCCCUUCUUCUCCUCUCUUCUUUCAAAGAUGCACACAUCUUUAAGGACUGUCCCCAUAACCAUCCUUCUCAUUUUGGAAACCACUAGAGAAAACCAACUGCACAAACAAGCAGGGUUUUCCCUGCGCAAGCAAUUGUGUGGUGCUGGUUGACAGAGGAUGUGGAAACAGUGUUUUACCAUUAGCAGAUACAUACCUAUGUGGUUCUUGAUAGCUUUCUGUACCUUAGGUAGAUGCCACUGCCUGUCUCUGUGUACCUUUUCAUAAAUACACACUCAGGUAUCUUCGUUGAUGUGCAGGACCAGUGGUCUGCUUCUCAGGUGUUUCCUGAGCCCAAAUGUAACCCUGUGUGCUUGCUGAUAGGGCCCAAUGUUAUCCACUUCCCUCUCCUCAGAGGUCCUUUCUCAGGGCUUGGGGUCUACAGAUUUGGGAGAGACCUGCCAGGGUGCAAGAGCUCAGAGGGAAAUGGGGCUGGUGGCCAGAGUUGGGAUCCUGAGGCACUAUCCUCCAAAGAGUAAGGUUUUGUCUGGCCAGACCAGGAAAGAGACCACUGUCAACCAGUUUGGGUCUCUCCAUAAAACAGAUCCCAUACUCAAAUUGGGUAAUUUGAGGAGAGUUGAAUAAAGGGGUUAUGGACAGAGUGACUGCAGAACCUCAUGGCUGGCACUGUGGUGGGCCGCUCCCACCCCUGGGCCUGAGUUGUAGCCAUCUUCCAGACAGGGUUAGGUGGUGGGGAUAUCUGAAGGCGCCAUGAUAUUUGCUCAAGGGAUACAGCCAGCUAUGGGGACCCUCCAGGGAGACAAACAUCCUGACCCUUCCUCUCUGCUCUGAGUUCUGGUUGGGAGCCAGAGGGCCAGGAAGCUUGGCAAUGUGGGUCUUGAAAGCAGACAGUGAAUCUGGACAUCAGCUGCCCUCCUUUCUGCUGCUCUGUCCCCUGACUGGGACCCUCGAGUUGGAUUAAUAUGGUUAGCAAGCAACUAUUUCUGAAGGUAGCAGGCUUCAAUUGUUAUAUCCUGUGAGCUACAUCAAUACAGUCCUCAGGGCAUCCCUACAAGGUGGGCCGUGGAAGCUCAGGGAGUGGAUCUGUAGCUCACAGAGGCCAAGGCAUUCUCUUGAGACCACACAGGAGGUAGCGGUGCCAGGAUUCUAGUCUCCUGUAGGAUCCCUUAACCACUGUAGAGGGUGUAACCACUGAGUUUGGACAUCCCUGUUCAGUCAGGAUCCACCUCUGAUGAGGUGAAUGUAACCAGAGCAGGGAGGGAGCUGGCUUUGAGAUGACAGGAUCCAAGUGUGAAUGAAGCUGGGACUUGGUUUUGCUUCUCUCUCUCUGGACUUGUACCCUAAGAUACUCUGUGUCAAGAGCCCUGGCUGUGGCAUUCUGGAUCCCACAUCAGAAGGGAAGGCUCUUCCACUAGAGGAAAGCUAGCAAAGACAUGGAUUGGCUUAGGCCAUCUCAUACCAGUUACCAUGACCCACCUGGGGUCACCUCUCCAUUGGUGGCAGCACUGGUAUCAGGGGAGGGAUGCUGAGAAGACAGGAACUAAUGGUCCCUGGGCCCACAGUAGCCACAACAGUGGAACCCAGCCAUGGUGUUGGCCCUAGUGGUGUCAGAACAAUCAGCUUCUGAGAAGAGGUCACUACCUCCUCCUGCCCCACACCUGUUAGGAUCCUGUUAUUUCGUGGUAAACUGGUUUGGCCCCAGCUUCUAAUAAUCAUUUAUUAAGUAGUAAUGUGUACAUGUGAGAGAUUCAAAUAGUAUGAAAAGCAUACAAUAAAAGUGAACUUGCCUCUGUCCGGCUCACCAGUGUCUGAUGCUGGCUUCCUGGGGCCAUCCAGCAGCUGCAGGCAUGGUGUGCUGGUUGGCAGCACAGCCAGUGGUUCCUAGGUUCAAGGCUCAGCACCCUGUCAGCUGUACCUCAGUUUCCCCUUGGCAAGCACUAUCCAAGUAGCUAUCCUUUGUUACCAGACCAGAAUAAAAGCAUUUAUGUAAGAUAUCUCCCCAUAUAAAUUUUGUAAUUUUAAAACAUUCAGGACCAGGAAUAUAGCUGAGCAGCCCAGCGCCUGCCUGUCAAGUCCAAGGGCCUGAGUUCAAUCCCUGGUACAAAAAUAAAAUUCGAAGCACAAAAUUUGAAAUAGGAAAUUGUAUAAUAUUAACUGAACACAUCACCCAGAAUUUACAAAUGCUGAUAUUUUGCGGUAUUAGUUUCAGAUCUAUUUUUAAGAAAGAAAUCCCUGUAGUUACUGCUUAAUCCCCUUCCCACCCCACCCUUUUAUUUUUAUUCAAGGAACAGCAUAGUAUUCAUACUUGCACCCUUUUUCUCUGCAACCUAAUAUAUCUGGAGCUUUUACCCCUUGGUCAUUGAGCUCUGCCCCUUUCUCCUAACAGCUGUUCUAUCUUCUCUUGCCUAGAGGCACUGCCCCCUCCUGCAGGCCUGAGAGUCAUCUCUCAUCCUGGGCUCUGACAGACACACUGUAUUUGAGGGCCCUUGAAUACGGCUUGUCCCUGUGUCCACUGGCAAGAGCACCGGUGACAGAAGGUGUUGACACAACUGCUGAAUUCAAGAGCAAGUGUGAUUUCAAUUUUGAUGCUAUUGUAAGUGACCUCUGGAAGUGGUUGUAUGAAAUAAUUAGAAAUCAAAGGAAGAAGAAAGAAAACAGAAGGGAGAGAGAAAGGGGAGGAAUGAAAAGGAGGGGAGGGAAAGAAAAUGAGAAGGGUAGCCAUGUGAGGUUUUGAGCACAUGCUCCUGCAGGCUGCUGUGGGCAAGAAGUAUGGUCUUGUUUGCAAAGCUGACCCAAUUCCAGAGGACAGGUGCUGCUUCUGGGCCCUGAAUUCAGCGUGGGGUUCCCUGGGGCCUGGAGAAGUUGUAGGGAGAAAGACUUGUGGCUUUGCUGGCUGCAGGCACACAUGCACAUGGCAUUAGCUGGCCGGCUGCAGGAUGGCCCAUCUCUGCUGAUGUGUCACUGGGUGCCAAGGACACUUGGUGUGCUUAAGGAGACCCCCAGCAGCCAGGGCCUGCUUUCUUCUCCCAGAGAGCACAGGACGUCAGGGAGCCAAGGGGGCUGGUGUACAACAUGCCAGUUACACUUCUCAGCAAAGCAAACAGCCAGAAGUUUUUUGUUUCUUUUUUUCCUCAGCAGUCAGAUCCCAAAUCAUUACUAGGCCAGAGGGAAGGCAGUCUCAGGUGGGAGGAGGGCAGGGGCAUCUGCACCUCAACACUGGAUCUGUUGGGAGCCAUAAUAAUGACCCAGCUGCCUCAAGGCCUGUCAGCACCUUGGGACCCUAAAAUGCACUUAGAGCCAGUGGGCUGAGAAUGCCCACCCAACUCCCUCAGCUCCUCCUGGAAGAUGGGGCUGUCGGCUAUGCAGCAGAUACCAGGGGGUUGUGUGCCCCUAGACCCCAAGGCAGCUUGCUGUCUUUCCAGCCUUGUCCAGUCCUGCCCCUGCCUCCACUUCCCCAGACACAUGCAGAGCUGAGAUUUACAGAGUGGGCACAAAUGGUUCAGCCACCAGCUUUAUUGACUCCUAAAAGCCAUGCCAGGGCCUCUUUCCAAGGCAUGAACCUUUAUCAUGUCCCAUGGUCACUCUGCUGGGGGCUCUGGUCUGGUUCUUGGUCUCAUCAUUCCCACAGCAGCAGACCUUCGAACCUAAGCCCUCUUCCCAGGACUGCUACGUCUGAGUGACUUUCCUGACAGCAGAGAGCCUCCUGGACCCUGCAUCUUCCUCCAGCAUGAGGAGGGACAUGAAGGCGAGGCCCUCUUCGAAGCAGAAGUCCUGCGGAGAAGCUGGCAGAGCCUGGCCUUGGUGCCCAUCCCCAGCUUGCUAGCGGUGUAGACAGCGCGCGCACACAUACACACACCUGCCUUCUCCCACAUAGUAGAACAGCCCUAGUACUAUUAACCCUCAAGCUUGGCAGAAACAAGAGGAUCCCUACUCAACCUCCAGGCAAGGCUUUGGCCCAGGCCAGCCUGUUGGCAGUAGAGGCAGGCAGAGCAGGAGGCUCACACAGGGACUCAUAUCCUGUGUGUACUGAGCUCAGAUCACCUGGGGAGAGGUUUUCAAAGAUGAGUACCUGGGUCCCACCUCUGAUGAUGCUGAUUCGCAGGUCUAGGGUGUGGCCUAGGUGUUGUGAUGUUUCAGGCUCCCGGGUGACAUCCUAUGCGUUUAGUCUGAGACUAAAGUCUUGAGUUUCCCCAGAUGAUCUCGGAGUGCCCUUUGAGGGACAUGCCUAACUUCAGGGUCUGUGGGAAUCUCUUAGGGUGCGGUGGGAUUGGGUGGGUCUAGGGUGAGGUUCAGGGACCGGUGCUUUUGAUGCACUCCCCACCCCCAGAAAAAGCUGCUGCACUUGGGCCCAGAGACUUCACACGGUCUGGGGACCCACGGGGCCUACACCUUGGCACAAGCAGGGUGGUGGCCCAGGAGCUGCCUCAAAGGAGGAUGAGCAUUAAUGUAGGGGAGGCAGACCCCUGCCCCUCCUGGAAUCCAAAUACUUCAUGGAUGUGGAGCAAGUGGCCAUGAUUGCCAGAGGACAGGACUGGAGGACUCGGUAACACCCCUCCUCCCUUACCCUAAAGCCAUGGGCCCCCAGGAGAGGCAGAUUUAGUGAGUCUGAGUGUCCUCCAGCUAGGGUGAUCUGAGUGACCCCUGGUGCCGGGACCACACAGUCACUGCCCUCCCAUGGCUGAAGAUCGAAACCUGCCACUAGGGGGAUAGGCACGAACUCUUGAAAACCUCCCUCCCCAGCCUUCAUGUGUCCUCAGGGCCCUGGACCAAGACCAGCCUUGGGAAGUGGGCUGAGAGCAGCCGCCAGUGGUCCUGCCUUGCUGCAGACCAGCUUGGCUCCAAGCUUGUGGGAUCCUGUGCUGCCACCACAAGGGGCUGCUGUGGGGUCACGUCUGAGGGCCCUUCCUCAGCUCCCCGUCAGCAAGGAGAGGUAUAUGAGGAGGGCAUUAGGGUCUUAGGAGAAGGACUAGGGUACAAGGUUCCUUAAAGAGCUGCCAGGACCUGAGAACAAGCCUGGAGAAAAGUCCAGGACACCCUGGCUGUCACUCAGACCUUAGGGUGACAAGCAGAGAAGGACCAAGGCCUUAAAGUCCCCACAGCAUAGAAAGAAUUAGCCCUUCCCCACCUGAACUCUGACUUCCACCUACACCACCAAAGCAACUUUUUUCUAGCUAUUUCUGAUGCCAGAAUUCUGGAUGCCUGCAUCAAAGCUGGAGGCUUGCUUUUCCUUUUCCAACAAGGCCUCGCUUCCCAGAGCUGCCCUAGCUGGUGCCCAGACAGAGAGGCAGCGGGAAGGUUGGAUCCCCGGUUCUGGGUUGUCUUUCUCCUGGCCUGCCAGGUCCCUGUGGGCAGGGGCUUCUGAGGCAGUGCUGUUUCCUUAGAGCAUGGCACAUGGUAGGUGGUUAAGAAGUGGAAGUAAGGGGAGGGAGGGAGGAGGGAGGGGAUGAAAGAGUUCACAAUCCUGGCUCCAUGCAUGGCAUCCUUCUGCCUGUGUGUUCUUGACUUUGGAGUUUUCCAAAGCAGGAACAUUUCAAAUAAAAAUUUGGGAAAGCAACACAACAUUGCCAAGUUUUAAUUUUGCUAAAUAAGGAUGUUAACAACUAAAAGAAGAAGAAGAAAAGGAUAGAAGGGGAAAAUCCUGUAGUCUUCAGUUAUUUAGAGCAUUUUUUUUAAAGUAAGGCCAUAAUUUAGCUUUAUUUAAAAGGAAAAUAUCUUCAUUGUGAUGAUCAGAUGUUCAUCGUGGUUUCCUCCCAUUGGAGAGAUAGGAGAACUAAGAUUUCGGUUGGGGGUAUGGUCCAGGUAGACACUUGUCCCGGAAGCUGGGCCCAGACCAGCUCACAGGCCUCUUCUGGCCUGUGGCCCCUGCUGCCUGCCAAAGACCAUCUGGGGAGGGGGCAUCCCCAGCCUCGACCAACAUGCCAGUCCAGUGGUGCCCUGUGCCUCGUCUCUUGGUGCACAACACAGGGCAAGUCCUGCCUAGAGCCACAGCCCCUGAGAAGCUGUGGGGUCUGGAACUCCAUCCCUCCUCACCCUUCCCACUCCGUGCCCAGCCUCUGGGAGUUGGCCCUCUGAAUGCCAGCACCAUACCUAGCAUUACCCACUGGGUAAUGUUUGACCCAUCAUGGUUUCAGUCAUUUUGAAUGAAUUGCCAAAAUCUGGAGGGUUCACCUAAAAAUCUAGAUUUGAGGCUUUUCGUAUAAAAAUCAGAAAAGGAGAUCACAUUUUCUGAUCAGGCUCACACUUCCACAGCAGCAAACUGCUGGAGCUGAGGAAUGCCUGCCCCUUCGGAUGGCGCACACCCCUUCCACCUGUCCCUGUGCCUGCCUGGCCUCGAAGCCCGUGACCCUGGCCUCCCUCACCCCCUUACCCUGGGAGUCAGCCAUGCCAGUUAAAAAUGGCCUAAUGAGGGAGACUCAUCCAGGAGAAGGGCUAAUGGGAGUUGCAGGCAUAGGAGGCCUGUGGGGGCAGCCCGGAGACCCUCACUCACAGCAUAUCCCCCCUUCUGCCCGUACACUCUGCAAAGUGCCAAAGUGGGUAGACUGAGCUCUAGCUCCAAAGAUCAGCUGGUUCCCUCUGGCUUUGCAGUGGCCUCACCUAUCAGCCUCAGUUUGCUUCUCUGUGAAAUGGGCCUAUGGAGGCCUGUGUGGCUUCAGCAAGGCAGUAAAUGUGAGAGGACCAUCUUACACUUGGAGCUCUGAAUGAAAGACACCACCCAGCUCUCCUGGAGUGGGGAGCAGAAAGGUUGCCAAUCUGGAGGGAUUCAGCAGGGGACCCAGCACUGCCCUGUCCAGCCCAGGCACUGACUGUAGCUCCUGCAGACACAAGAGGAUGUGCUGUAAAUUCUCUGGACCUGCCAUGUCAGAUCUGGAUGAGUGGAUAGAUCUUCAGGAGCCAGGAGCCAGACCAUAGCAUGCAGGCUUGGGCCUCGAUUAGAGUGGGCAGAAUGGCCCAUUGUUGACAGCAGGGACUUUCAACCCUAGUUUUGCUAUUUACCAGCUGUGUGCCAUUGGAUCCGGGGCCUGACUUCUCUGUGCCUUGGUUUCCUUCUCUGCAACACAGCUAAUCAGUGUGCCCACUUCACAGAGCUGUUGUGAGGAUUGGAUUAAAUGUGCAUGGAGCAUUCAGCACAUAGUAGGCUGUCAAUCAGUGGCAUCGUGUCAGAGGCAGUGGGACUGUGCCUCCGAGGGCAUUGAGGAAGGAGAUGUUCUCCCAAAUCAUGGAAGGUGCCUUCCCCCACCCUGGCUUCAGAGCCCCCAGUGAGGCAGCUGCCCCACAUACGCCCUCUCUGCCACAUGCUCAGGGCCACUCCAUCUGACUCGUUGCUCUUCCCUCCCAAGCUCCAUGGGGUCACUUCAUUCCUUCCAGACCAGAUUGGCAGUGUGGACUUGACAAGGUCCUGUCUUCUUCUGGGCCCUCAAUACCGCAUUUGCACAGGACACUGUCCCCAGGUCUGAAUAUGCCCCCCGUGAGUGACUGCUCUGGGGGAGUGGUAGGGGCUGCAGCCUAGAAGCCUUUGGGGGAGGGGAGUCCCUUGGAACCAUCGUUGGCGGCCCCUCAUCUGGGACUGUCUUUGCUCUCAGGGACUCUCGCCCAAACCUGAGCCCCAGGAUGCUGAGGAGUCUAAAUCACGGAGCCCCCCCACUUAUGGAGCACCUGCUGUGUGCUCAACCAGUGUCCCUGGUGUCUUCAGAACAGUGCUGUGAGGAAACCAACAAGGAAGCUGAGUUACAGUCCAGACAAGCAACUUACCAAACCCAUGUUUAAUACACGGUAGGGCUAAACAUAAGUGUGACACCUGUCCAAGGGACAAGCCAUUAGUCACUGGACCCAGGCUUCCAGGAGCCAACAGGCAUUGACAAAGACCAACCAAAGCCAGUCUUGCUCCCUGGGCCACCAAGUCCGGGACAAUGUGAGGGAGUGGAGCCCUGGGAGUAAGGGAUACUGGCCUGGCUGAGGCCCAGGUUCUCGUGGUGCCCACUGGUCCCUGGCACUCCCAGUGCUGGCCAUGUUUGUGACUACAUCUGUGCUUAUCUAUCCCAGUGGUUAUGUCACUAAUUUUGCCUUGAACACUGAAUUCAUCAGCAAGCACUGAGCCCUGCUCCCAGGGGAGAUUCAGGGUGACAUUCUUGCCAGCCUCUUGUCUCAACCUUGACAUUGGCCAAUGGAUGCAGACCCCUGUUUUGUGUGUCACUGUUUAAAGUCACCUUCUUCAAUGGCUAUUGUUCCAUUCACCUUGAAUUCGGCCAACAGCACUGUCCCACAAGCCCAAAUGAAGUGUAUGGAACCCAUGUAGUUUCUCUUUCAGGCACAUCACAGCUUCUUGUGCUUGGGGACACCAGAGGGCACUUUCACACGAGGCAGCAAAAUCACUAGCACAAAGCACAGUGGCACUAAAUAGACCGUGAAAAGGACAUUUGUUUGCUAGAGGAGAGCUGGAACAAGAAGGCUGAGCAUGGCCUUGUUCAACCUCAUCUGGGAACGUGCAGCCUGGCAGCUCAAAAUUCCUGCUGCUCUGCACGGGUCCGUGAACAACCACAGAAACACCACAAAUCUUGAUUUCAGAGUUACAGAUAAAUUUGAGUGUGUAGGUGAAUUCACAAGCACAGCCCCUGCGAAUAGUGAGCAUCCAUGUUCAGCCAUGUUGCUGCCUGACGAUCCACUUUCCCCAGGCACUGUCUUGUCCACCAUGGGCCCAGGGAAGGAGGUGCUUGUGAGAUGCCUGCUGAGCAGCUGAAGCAUACACACUCCUGGCUCCCUGAGUGUGGCCCACAGCCAGACCCAGCAUGUGGCCUGCUGUCACACACAAGGCAUCUUUGGUGGCUGGGUUUGUAAACACAGAUGGGCACCGGAGCAUCUUUCCCAUGGGAUCCUGGUGCUCAGGCACAUGAACAAAUUGAUUCUGCCAGCAGACAGGGACAGCAGCAUUUGCACAGGCGGAGAACUGGGACUUGGCUGGGACAUUCGGGGCUGGGGUACUUGAAAGAAAGGGGUAACGCUGUGCUCUGAGCACAGUCCAGGUGCAGGGGUCCUUGUGACCUCGGGUGGCUCAGGUUCCCUGGCCAGAUCCUCUCCAGAUGGAGUGGGGGCCCCUGGCCAUCUUAGCCAAGGUCACCUGAUUCCACUUCCUCUGACUGUCCUCAAAAACAGCAUCUGAUUGUGAUUUGGUCUAGAAACUGGCCAAAAUAUUUCACUGUGACCUUUCUUUCUUCCCUCCCUUCCUCUCUCCCUCCCUCUCUUCCUCCAACCCUCCUUCCUUUGUUUCCUUCCUUUUUUCCUUCUGGAGAAAGAAUUUGACAUUGGAUUAUCUUGCUGUGCAGUUACAUUGUAGCAAGGCAGUCUCUGGGGUGUGAUUACCCUUCCCAUACAAGGAACUUUAGGCAAGAUUUGGACAAAGCAAAGAAUGGCCCAAGUUUGGCCCUCGCUGCUCAGAGGGGUCAGCCCUGGCCUUGCUGACCUUUCCUAGGUCGACACCCAUCCCAGCCUCUUAUCUCCAGGAUCCUCUGUCCACCGAUACUUUCAAGUAUUUAGUGACCAACUACUAUCCGUCAGCAGCCAUGCUCAGCACUAAGCCAAGCAGACAUCAUCUCUAUGUACUUCUGUGGAGCUUGCAGGCUAGUGGGGUAACAUCUCUCACACAGAGGUGACAGUGUUACACAUGGUGAUAACUUCUGGGAGAUUCAAGAGGGAACAGAGGGGAUGUGAUUGGGGUUAGGGGCAGGAAGGGAACUCUCCAAGAUGUACGUGGAAGGUUGAGGAGUUGGUCAGAUGGAAAGAUAGAGGGGGUAGCUCGUGCAAAGGCCCUGAGGUGGCAGGGGGUGGACUUGGGAAGAACUGAAAGAAGCCAGCAUGGCUGAGCACAGGCGGCAAGGAAGAUGCACCAGGUGGGCAGGGCCUGCAGGGUACAGGGGACAUCACCCUAAAAGACACCAAAAAGUUGGAAAAGCAGCAAGGGGACAACAAGAUGUGACAAUCUGGCCUUGGCAUGGAGAGGAAUUGGAGACAGCGGCCUGGAGAGGGGAUUCUUAUUGUAGGAUACAGUGGCAACUCAACCAAUAGAAGUUGUUGGUGACCUGUGUCCCCUUGAAAGCCUUUAGGAGCCACUUAUUUGUCCACACCUGGGGUCAGCACUCCCUUCCUUGCUGUUGAGCAGCAUUUCUCAAGCGAUGAAGGAAGAAAAAGGAAUGUGGGAAAGAGAGAGGGCAGGGAUGGGAGAGCCAGGGAGGGAGACGCCUCUGUCUGGCUCUGGUAAUUGCUGAACUGGUGCUCAGAGACAGAGCAGGAGCAGCUGACUUACGUCCCUCUGCUGGGAGAGGGGAAAGAAGGGAGGCAUGAUAUUGACUUAAACGUGGGGGAUUUAAAAGGUCCCUAUGUUCCCACUUUGUGUAGUGCUUCUCACAGACAGCGCGGGACCUUUGAAGUCGGCCUGGCUCAGUGGGGAGCGGGCUUCUGCAGAGACAAGAUGCUAAUGGGGGCGGGGUACUGGGGCCAGGGGGCGGCCGAAACGCUAUUAGGCAUGCUCUAGCAAAAAGAAAGGCAAAUCCAAUGAUAAUGUACAUCUGUUUCAGGGAAUUUAUAAGCUUUGAACAUUUUUUAUGGGCAGAUAAGUGGGCCUUUUUUUUACCAUAACUUAGAACUUCAAAGCUGAGUGUGUGGAUAAUGCAAAUUGCUGAAAUAUGAGAUUUUCCCUACAAAGAGGUUUCCAAAAAAGACGAAGAGGAAAACGGAUGGGGGAGGGAGAACGAAGGCUAAUUGAUGCCACAGUCCUUUAUGUACAUGGCAAAAACAGGACAGAAAUUGAUUUUUAUGAAACAAGAAAUUGAUGGGAGAGACACGAGAGGAGGAGGAGGAGGAAGAGGCCAGGUGGCAGGUGUGUGGGCUGUGACUGACCCAGCCGGUGGGGCAGCCCACUGAUCUGCGCUAGGUGCUCAGGGAAGGCCUGGAAGGAGACGGUGAGCAGUUUGGAUAGCCUCCUGGAAACCCAUGGGGAACCACUGAUGCAUUGGGCAGGUGUCAUAAUAACCAGGAGAACAUUAAAGAGGGCGGUGGAGUUGCAGACACCUGGGAGCACUCGAGCAAGGCCCAGCCUCCACCUCUCCCUACCCCUGGGGGAUUUCCACACCUGCCUGGACCCUAGCUCUCAGUUGUGUGACACCUGCCCCCAUGGAGACCUCCUUUUACUCUCUUCUGUAACCAUCCACUCCUGGGCCCCACUGUAAACUGCCUUGGAGGCCAUAAAAUCUGCAUCUCCCUCUGUCCUUCUCACAGUGUCUUGGGUCUUCCCAAAUCAUCAGUUCCUUGGUACCCUAACCCCGCCUUCCCUCACCUCCCUUUCCUGCCAGUGCGCUGCCAUCUCCUGGUCUGGAUUGGCACUCUCUGCCUAACACCUCCAUUUCCAUCGCCUCUGCCUUUCUCCCCACCCACCGGAAAGAGGUAGAGCUCUGGGGUCAGAUGGACAAUUGUCCUUAUUAAGUUGUCAUUGACUUUUUGGUCCCUAAAUCCAUGGGACACAUCAUCAGCCACUUGUCUUGGUUUCUUGGGCAUUUCCCAUGAUGUUGACUACCCCCUACCUGUUAGAAUCCCUGUGCCUGUGAACUCUGUGCACAGGAUGCUGGUUGCUAGUCGGGAUCUGUUCUCUCUUUCCUCCUUGGUAACAGAAACUUUGGAUUCAAAUUCAAGAAUAAAGACUGCACUUCUGAGACACUUGCAGCUAAAUUUUACAGCUAAAUUCUAAUCAUGUGUCUGGUAAGUUUCAUGUGGCAGGCAGCUCCUGGGAAUCUUCCUUAAAGAUAGCUUAUUUAGGCCCGGGAUUUAGCUCAGUGGUUCUGUCGUCUGCUUCACAAGCGCAAGGUCCAAAGUUUGAUCCCUGGUACCAAAAAAAAAAAAAAAAGAUAGCUUAUUUGUAGCUGGGCACCAAGGCACAUGUCUGUAAUCCCAGCACUUGGGUAGCCUAAGCAGGAGGACUGCAGGUUUGAACCCAGACUGGACAACUCAAUGGCUUAGUGAAACCCUGUCUCAAAAUAAGUAAAAAGAUCUGGGAAUGUCACUCAAUGCAGAGGUCCUGGGUUCAAGCUCCAGCACCAGAAAAGAAAAAAGAUAUACUUGUUAUCUCUUUUAUUCUGUGUCCCUUCUUCCAUUUUGUUGCACGGAAAGGAGAUUGUAAUAGGUGGAAUUCUAGCCACCAUUUUGGACCGGGAGAACAAAGACAAUACCCUAGAGAUGGUGGAGUGGCUGGAAGAAGCCUGUGUCUCUGAGGACGUAGAGAAGCGCGACCUCUGUUCUGGGCUUGGACACCCACAUUUAGAUUACAGUCGUACCUUGAUACUUUUCUGGUUUGAAACCCAUUGGAUUUGGUACUCAUGCAUUUGGAUGUGAACAUUUUGUCCCUGUACUGGUCAUUUGUUUGGUAUUUGAUGUACAAGCUAGAACUUGUCAGUGUCGAUUGCCUUGUGAUUCAUGGUUUGCUACCUUUUCCAGCCAAAGCAAUUCGUUUGGUACUUGUUUUUGGUACUUGGUGCAUCUCCCAGAACCAAUUAACAGUGAGUACCAAGGUGCCACUGUCUUCUAUGAGGAAGAAAUCAUUUCUUGCUUGUUUGCACCACUCUUGCUUACAGCCAAACCAGAUCCAAAGUGAAACUGCUUUUCUGUUAGAUUCCUGCAGCCUCUCAUGCCCUCUUUGGCAGUCACCUCUGCCUAGUUCUCCUUUUAAGAUGGCAUCACACAUGGCAACACAGGACCUCUCAGUGAUAUUUUUGCAACUUCCUAUGAAUCUAUAAUUAUUUCAAAAUAAAAAAUGUAAAAAUAGA